GCUCGAGCCUCCUGCUUCGGCCCAAGACGGACAAAGCGCCGUUCUUCCCAGCCCGGUCGCGUGCCCGGCCGUGUGGCGCGUCAGCGACCGGAGCUUGCGAUCCCGGCCGAGCCUGAGCUUGAGCGACCGGGCGGCAGCUUCUUGGAGCAGGUCUUCAAGCCAGCCGUCAGGACAAUGGACUUGCUCGACGUGGAUGGCGACCAUAUUCACUUCUUAAUCGAUCCUCAGGGCCGUUUGCGGGAGUAUGUGAACGGGAAGCUGGAAUUGGAGCACGUGCAGUGGCUGGCGUAUGAUGCUGAGACUGCCACGCUGGAAGAUGAGAAGGGUCAGAUUGUACUUCAGGAGAAGGAUCGGGUGGAGAAAGCUCUUGGGGUUCACUGCUUGGCGAUGCGCGCAGGAGUGCCCUGGCGAAAAGACCCACCAGUGCCUGCACAGCGCUUGGCCAUUGUGGACACUGAUGGGGACCAGCUGGAGUUUAUUGUCAAUGAGGAUCAGAAACUACAGGAGUACAACAAUGGAGAGCUUGAUUUGGACCAAGUGACCACGAUGUGCUUCAAAUUCUCGGACGGGUCCAUCCGCGAUGACACAGGUGUUUUCACGCUUCCUCCUCGAGAGUGCAUGCAGAAGGUGGCAGCCCUGUACUCCCUUGCCAUGCAGGCUGGCAUUCGUUGGACGGGCGACAACCCACAGCAGGUCUCAGCCCUGCCCGUUGGACAUGAGCCGUCAAAGGCCCUUGACAUUGAGAACUGCGCAGGGGACUGGGAAUUGGAAUGCCCCUUGCUUUGGGAGAAUUUGACGCCCACCGAUCAGCCCAACCGACGGUUCUGCAAGACCUGUGGUGAGAAUGUCUACUUCUGUGACACCAUCGAGGAGGUCAACGCACAUGCCAUGGAACGACGAUGUGUGGCCUUUGAAGUGCGUGAGGCCGUUGCCACGGAGGCAAGGGUGCCAGAGACGGACGAUGUAGUGAAGCUUCACGUGGCCUUACUGUCGGGAGACGAGCUGCCAGAAUUGACGGUGCCCAAAGUGGCCACUGUCAACGAUGUGAAAGAGGAGAUUGCCAACCUCUCGGGAAUUCCUUCUGGGGAGCAGCGGCUGCUUCUAGAAGGACGAGAGCUCGAAAACACCGAACGAGCGGGUGCUUUCUGUGAGACCUCCGGAACACCUGAUAAGGCCUUUCUCCAGCUGCUGCGGGUCUUGAAGCCAGUGCGUGAGCCCACCCGCGAGCCAGGUAAAGUCAAGAUGGGAAAGCGCCGCCCACCACGCAGAUGGGGGCCUUUUUGAUGCAACAGUUGGCCUAUGUUGGGCUGCUUGCCAAGGCAAAGUGAAGAUGGGAAAGCGCCGAAAGCCGGGCCGAGAAUAUUGAAGUUCUGAAGAGGAACUUGUUGAGUUGGAAGUGGCUCAACAUGUUUGAUGGUGUUGUGUUCAUGUGUUGUUGUUGUUGUUGUCGUCGUCGUCGUCAUCGUGGUCGUC